AGGGGAGGCGCGGCUAUGGCGGGAGGGUCGAAAACGGCCUCGGGAUCGCGCCAACUCUGCCGCUUGCUGCAAGCGGCCGCCGUUCUCUUGGUGCUGUUGUGCGGUGCAGAUGGAGCAGCAGUUCAACUUAAAGAUAAUCAAAUGUAUGAACAGAAUUCCUCUAAGCAGUUUUGUUACCAGAACCAGAUAAUACCCAAAUGGUAUGAUAUAUGGACCAGAAUUCAGAUUCGAGUAAAGAGCACCAAGAUGAUCCAAGUCAUCCAAGUUGAAAAUGAGGAGAAGCUUAAAGACCUGGAGGUGUUCAGUAUAUGGAACUAUAUUGGCUCCUUUUUCAAAGAGAAGUUUAAUGACACCUACAUUACUGUAGGAAUCUACAGUAAUAAAACCUGCUUGAAAGUUAUCCUCCUUGAACCAGACUCUAACUAUACAAUCAUCGCUGCUCGUAUGUUUGAUCCCAAGUUCUUCAUAAUUACAUUUCUCGGUCUUAUGCUGUUUUUCUGUGCUGAAUUGAUGAGCAGAAGCCCAUUUUUCUUCUAUUCAGCUGGAGUAAGCAUUGGCAUGUUUAGUUCACUGUUCAUCACCAUCUACAUAUUAUCCAGAAUGGUGCCCAAGAAAAGUCCCAUCUACCUCAUGCUUUUGGGAAGCUGGUCUUUUUCAGUCUACUUAUUACAGCUCGUCUUCAGAAACCUGCAGGAGAUCUGUAAAUUAUACUGGGAAUACCUACUGGGCUACCUGAUUGUUGUAGGCUGUAUCAGUUUUGGCGUGUGCUACAAAUAUGGCCCUCUGGAGAAUGAACGCAGCAUCAACCUCCUCUCUUGGGGUCUGCAGCUCCUUGGCCUGUUGCUCCUCUACCUGGGCAUUCAGAUACGGCAAAUCGCCAUCGCCUUGAUCAUAAUUGCAAUCUGUACUAAAAACCUGGAGUACCCAGUCAUAUGGGCCUAUGCCGUCUACAGCAGGAAGCUGCUCACAGCCAAAAAAAAGCCCAGCCCUCCACGUCUGCUAACUGAGGAGGAGUACCGGAUACAAGGGGAAGCAGAGACACGCAAAGCCCUGGAGGAGUUGAGGAAGUACUGCAACAGCCCAGAGUUCUCUGUGUGGAAAACAGUCUCCCGCAUCCAGUCUCCAAAGAGAUUUGCUGAUUUUAUAGAAGGUGCCUCACAUGUCAUCCCCAAUGAGGUCUCUGUCCAUGAGCAGGAAUAUGGGUUGGGGAGUUCCUUUCUGGAGGAACAGCUCUUUGAAGAGGGCAAUGAAGAGGAAGGUGAGGAGAGAGACUACGGCUUUGAUGAGGAGGAUUGCAUGGACAUCUCAUGGCCCCAGCUUCACCAAAGUUUCCAAAAUAGAACUGACUGGCAUUCAGACAAUUGAACAGGGGGAAUUACACUUUUGCUGCUCUCUUGUGCCUGUGUGUGCAAAGUGUGUGUAUAUGACAUCUGCCCAACAAUGGGUGGUUGCUUGUUAAACUCUGGGAAGGGAUGGGUAGUGCAGGCUAUUAAAGUCCUGCCAUCCAUUCCAGUGACUGAACUGAAUGUGAACUGAAAUGCACUUGAGACGGACCACAGUGUCCAGAACCAAGUGUUUUUUGGACUACAAAUUGACCAGAACUGAGGGCCACCUGAGGUGAAUAAGGUCAAGCAAUGUGAUGGUUCAUGGCUAUUUGCAUGUAAUGGUGAAUUAUUUCAUCUUGACAACAGGCCACUGAGGUCUUAAAAGAGUUGGUGUCUAAUGUCCAGCUCAAUCUGACAUAACUUACAUCAUGCCUUGUUCUUUGGAAGGACAUAGUGCUGCCCUCUGAGGCCAAGCACUGUAUGGGGUCUAUGAUAGUUUGUUUCUUGCUCCAGGACCCCCUGAGCUUGCUGUUCAGUGAGCAAUACUUGCUUAUUUCAUUACUUUUCAAACACUUCUGGAUUCAGCAGUUGACCUAGACUCUGUGUGUUGGCUGAAUCUGAAUUUUGUCUACAUGGAAAUAAGCUAUGACGACAGUGUUAUUUUGUUUUUUUAGUUUGUGUGUAUGUUAGCUUGAAGCUUUCCCCAACUUAGUGGGACAUGGAGAUUGAUGACUGUUGCUGAAGAUCUUGUCACACACUCUGCACAACCAAGUAUCCCUGUAUCUCAGAUACAUGUGCACCAUCCCCCCAGUGAGGAUAAAUUUAUUUUUAAUGAUGUGCCUUGUGAAAGGGAAUUGCUUCAGCUUGAAUGCCUCUUGUGUUGAAUGUAUUAGGCAUCUUGUAGAGCAACUUGGAUUUUUUCUUCCCUUGGGUAGCCAGUGCUUUGAGUUCCACAGCAGGACUGCCUGGAUGUGGACCUACUUCACAGGUAGUCCAUCUUUGCCCUAGCGGUAAUUCAUGUUGCUGCAAUUUUCUACGUGAGUGUUCAAUAGAAGCUGAGUGAAGUUUUGGUAGUAGGGAACUUCUUGCAACAGGUGUUACAGAGUACAGCUCCCCAAAGCUGCUAUUCAUUAUCAACAAAAACUACUGUUCCUCUUACUGGUCCUGCUAUUUGCUCUCAACAAAGAUUACUGGGCCUAGGAUGGGAUUUAAAUUAUGGCUUCUUGUUUUAAAGCAUUUCCUCCCUCCUCUGUUGUUGUGAGAUUUGCAGAUCUGAUGCUGUAUUUUCAGUUUUACCUUCCAGCUUGCUUGCUUGCUUGCUUGCUUGCUUGCUUGCUUGCUUGCUUGCUUGCUUUCUUUCAACUUUGCUGAAAUUGGGUAUGGAGGGACUUGCUCUUUUAUCAGCAGGGGUUCAGUAUAAGCUAACAGAGAACCUGAAACUGUUUUGACUAAGCCUGCAAAAUUCUGCCACCGCCUCUUAUGUUAUAGAACAUGUGUUUUUAGAAGGCAUGCUUCUAAAACCAGAAUUAAAAGACAUACUGCCUUCCUGUUUACUGUCUUUUCAAAUUUAGAGAGCUUUACAGAAAAAUAUAGCAAAGGUCUACAAUUUCAACAUGGAUGUUUUUCCUGCCAUCAUUGAAGUCUGAACUUCCAAGAGUGCCUGGUAUGGGGCUCUCUGAAGUCCUUUCAUGAACAGAUUUCUCAAAAUAGAACUACUGGCACAUCAGAACUUGACAGGUUAAUUGUGCCUUAGUGUUUUACUUACUCUCUGAGUAACACGGGAGAACAAAAUGGGUGGGGGGAUGUAACUUUUGUCACACCUGUUUUGGGAGGAAAUGUCAUAGGGCUGCCAGUUCUGUAGCAUCCUCAGUCACUGUUGUGAAGACAGUAUGAUCCAUCCUCUUGGUUUUUUUAGUUUAAAAAUUAGAAUGGGAGAGUGAAUUGCUCAUGCCAUUUGCUCAUACUAGAGAGAUCAAAUCAGUCAGAAAAGUAUCUGACCUACAGUUAUACCUAUAAUACACAAAUUAUUUAAAAUUUAAAACAAGAAUGUUGCUUCCCACUUUAUGAAAACCAUUAUGUGCAAAAUGGCACUGUUGUCUUUCCCAUACAUUGGCACUAAAGGAAGUGCGGAGUUCUCCAACUUAAGUUGGCUAAAAUUCACUUUAUGAGCAGGUCUAAAUAUUUGAUCAAUGCAAUAUAUCUUGUUCACUGUGGAAUAUAGGCUAUGACAGAUUCUUGGAGUAUCUCCUAAUACAGAUCAAAUUUCCUCUAGACAUUACUCUUAAAUUAUUCUUGUUGGCCUGUUUUUAUUUGAGAUACAUCAAUAUUAAAAAUAAAUGUAUUUUUGACAAAGAA